AUGAGCACGCCCGUCGUAUCUGGUGCGACGCGACGGUCACAGGCUGCUGCGGAGGACAGCUUGGCGUGUAAGGAAUGCCGUCGUCGCAAGGCAAACUGCGACCAUAAGAUACCGGAGUGUUCGACCUGCAAACGUUAUAAGCGUCAUUGUCUCUAUGAUAGGCUUGGGAAGACACCACUAACAAGAAGGCAUGUGUUCCUGAGGUUUCAUUUAACUUCACAGCCUCAGAUACCAAACCAAGGAAGUGCUGCUCUCGAGGAUCCUGGAUCAACUUGGAGCUUUCCCACUACCGAUGUCGAGCCAGACCCUACAGCGGCGUUGUAUCCGGAUGGCGACGAGGAGUUCGAGUGGGACGAGAGAGAGCAGACUGGACUUUCCGGUGGAGUCGCUAUGGCGGAGGAUGAUGAAGAAGGUGUCAGAAAGGUGAUGGAUGGCAUGGCUACGUUGACAAGUAUCUGGCUUGUUCUGGUGAACAUCGUUGCGGCUCUGGGAGCCUUUGUCACCAAUCCGAGCUCAUCAGACGAGACGAGCCUGUCGAUUUUUCGGACGGCGAAGCGCUAUCUUGCAGUCAAUGCACUGGAAACAGGCAAUCUGACAUUGGUGCAAGCAUUUGGCAUGUCGGCCAUGUUUCUUCAGAAGAUCAACAAGCCGAACACUGGCUAUAACUAUGGUGGAGUAGCCAUCAGGAUGGCCAUUGGACUUGGCUUGCACAAGGAGUUUGGAUCCCAACAUAUGAGUCCGUUCAAACAAGAAUUGCGACGAAGGAUCUGGUGGUCUCUUUGUGUCCUGGAUGUGGGUGCAACAAUCACCUACAGUCGUCCGUUGAUCUGGCCACAAGUGGGUGUUGAUGCAGCUUUGCCGUCCAAUAUCCGGGAAGAGGAUCUGAUGGUCAAUUCACUAGUGGCACCAGCCGAAGUCGAUCAAGCGACUGUCAACACGUACCUCAGAGUCCAGUCAUCGUAUCAUCUACAGACAAUGCCGAUAUACAAUCGGCUGAUCAGCAACCCACCUCCGCUACCGGAAGAACUCUUGACACUCGACUCGACUAUCGUGGAGACCUGGUUAAGGCAGGUGCCGCAUUACUUCAACGACAGUAGCGCGCACUUGGAGGAUCGAUUUGCAUUGCCACACGGCAUCAACUGUUGGAGAUAUCGAAAUCUUCGAAUCGUCAUAUUCCGGCCAUUGCUGGUGAAAUGGGCGUUACAAGACGGACUCGAAGAGGCUUUGACUUGGCAUGAGCAGGAAGCUACCAAUAGAUGCUUGCGGGCUGCUCGAGAAAGUAUAGCGUCGAUACAGAAUUUCUGGAAGUCGAGACCGCAGACCAGAUUGACAGCGUUCUAUGUUCUGUACUUCCUCUUCCAAGCAGCACUUAUCCCAAUCCAUUGUCUGCGUUGUAAAUCUCAGUCAAGGUUGGCGCCCGAAUGGCGAGAUCAAGUCACCGCAACUCUGGAGGUUGUCGAAUCGAUGGUCGGACUGAACCAAAGCGCUUCGAAGUGCCGAGAUGUCAUCAUGAGUCUAUGUGGCUCGCAUCUUCGUAGUUUGGAUGAUGAAUUCGUCAAUUACGAACAAGCGUUCAACUUCGAGCCGACGAUGGACGCGACUGCGUGGAUGGCUGGAUGCGCGCCUACCUUGAUCAAUGAGAAUCUUUGGGCUGGCAGUUUGGACAACACCAGUGCAGAGCUGUCUUUUAGUACCUGGGAAGGAGAUUGGAACAUCUGA